CCACUCGUUCCCUUCCACUCCUCUUUUCCCUCUUCCUUCUUCCCUCCCCGGACUUUCAAACCCACACUCUACUCGAUCAAUCACUUCCCAUCGACUACAAACACCACUUCAUCUAUCCGCUCUAGACACCAUCUAAGCUAUCACCAUCAACCAUGCUCUCCCGCAUCCCCCGCGCUCUCCGACCCUCUGCCAUCCGCUCUCUCCGAGUCGGCCGCAUCACAGCUCCCACAGCUUCAGCUUUCCACCAGCCUCAGUCUCAAUCUACGCCUCUCCGUCGAGGCUUCCAAUCCUCCUCGUCCGUUCGCAAGGGUCUUCACCCGGAAUCCGCUGAUCCUCCCGCCCCGAACCCGCAGUCUAGUAAUGUCGCCGGCGCCGCAACCCACGUCACCGAGCCGUCGCCGUUGACGGACGGCCAGUACCACGAGUAUGCCGAACAUUAUCUAAAUGUGCUGGAGAAGGAGGUGGAGAGGACUCAGGAGGAGGGGUCGGAGAUUGAGGCCGAGUAUAGCGCCGGAGUCCUCAACAUCAGCGUCCCCGCCGUCGGCACCUACGUCCUGAACAAGCAGCCCCCCAACAAACAGAUCUGGCUGAGCUCGCCGAUCUCCGGACCCAAGCGCUACGACUGGGUUGUGGUGGGCGACCAGAUGCACGAGAAGCAGGACACGCGGCCGUUUGUCAACGGGCAGUGGAUUUACCUGCGCGACGGGUCGAAUCUAACGGAUUUGUUGAACUCCGAGUUGACGCUGAAUAUUCCGAGGGAUGUUUAUAGUGAGGAGUCUUCAUAGAUCCAAAUACUUACUUAGGGCAUGGGGGUUGUUGGCUGUGAUUGUGGUUGUGAAUGCGAUGAGAUGGAUCGUGGAUGAUGGAUUGGGGAGGUUAUCUGUCGAGGCAUAUAUGGAGAAGAGAUGUAGGAUAGGAUAUGACGGUCUUUGAUAUAUUUGCAGAAAGAGCAAGAAAGUUCAUAUAUUUCGGCACCAGGGACUUUUUGUUCAUACUGGAUGCGCAGAUAUCAGAAGUAAAUGUUA